AUGCAAUUUCGCAGAUGCCCGGUUGCGAUGUUCCUAAGAAUGGAAUCGUGGCAGGCCUCCCAUAUAUGCGACUUUACUCAAGAGCUUCCUAAACCUUGUCUGCACACUCACGACGCUGCAGUCAGGUUGCACCGGAGUCAAUGUCAACGCCAAAUGCACAUGCAGCCUCUGUUUGCUUCAGCGUCGCAUCACCCGUCUCCGACUCGUCACUGCAUCCGUCGUCACGCUUCAUCAUCUCGCCUUUGUGCGACGCGAAGCUGGCAGGACUUCAGACGAAAACCAGCACGGCGAUGA